AAGCCGCUUCAUAUUUUCCCGAACAUCGAGGAAUUUGUCCGCCGCCACAAGGCCGGCACUGAAGCCGAAUUCGAAGCCACCCAGAAACUGGUGGACCAAAUCAACAAGGAGAACAACAAAUUUCAGGGUUGGGUCUUGUCCAAGAUUCGUCAGACCUCGAAGCGUUCUGAAUACCUCGUGCUUGUCCAGCCCGGUCCCGAUGGCGAGCGCAAGCUUCCCCAGCAGGGCGAACCCGCCAAGCUGAGACUCGUCCUCGCCGACGGCGCCGUUACCCGCUUCUGGGAGGCCCGCAGGAUUGAGAGCCCGAUGGCCUUCCUGAGCACCACGGCCAGCAACCCCGACAAGAUUGCGGCCUUCCAUGUCACGGUCUACAUUGCUGAAGCCCACGAAGGCCCUAGUGAUGGCGUUGGCGACAUCAUGCUGACGGACAGCAACGCCGUCGGCAUCAACUUUUUGCUCACGGCCUCGGAGGCAACCAAGGACGCGGAGCUGGGUGCUUUGGACUUGCUCUAUGGCAGACAUGUCAACGCGACCGAGCGCCAGAUCAAGGCUUUUGAGUACUUCGUCCUUCUCAGGGAUCCCGAGUUUUACGUCGACCUGCACGAGCAAAUUCCGCACCUGCUAGGCGACUUGCAAGACCCGUCUUUCGCCAGCUCUCCUUUGGGCAAGAAGUGGGCCUUGCUGAACCCCCAGCAGAGAAAUGCCUACAUUCACGGCUUCAGGAAGCUGCAGUGCGGCAUUUGCAUCCUCCCCGGCGGCCCUGGAGCGGGCAAGACCCAUUUCAACCUGUUCACCAUUGCCAUGGCACAAUCAAAGCCCCUCCCGCGCCCAGUGAUGGUCAAGGGCCGGCCCGAGAAGCGCUGCGCCAAAGUUUUGUUCAUCGUUGAUAUGAACAGCCCCGUGGACGACGUUGCCAACCGAGCGAUGCGGCUCUACCAGGAUCUCGGCAUGAAGAAAUCUGUCAUCCGCAUGAAAGGAUGGGGCGCCGAGGUCAAACUGAGCGACAGGCUCAACUCCGCCGAAGACAAGGCUUCAGGAGACAUCAUGCUGGUCGACUUCACCAACCAGUUCCUACGGACGGCCAACUUGGUGUCCCUCGGCCACGGCUCUGCCCCUCGUUCAUGCCAUGCACCGACCCUCGACGAAGCAGCUUGGCAGCGCUACGAUCAGUACAAAGCGACCAAGUACGAGGAGCUCACCAACUUCUUGGAAGGAGAGCUUUGGGAAAACAACGAUGUCAUCCCCCUGCGCUUCCGCCGCUGCGUGUACAACCUGUACCGCGACACUCUCGCCGAAGCCGAUUUCAUUGCGACAACCCCAGUGGCAGCCAGCAACCACUUCAGGGGGAUGUUCAAGCCGGACCUGAUCUUUUUCGACGAGUCGCCCCAUGCUCGCGAGCUUUGCAACCUGAUCGCGAUUGCCAACUUUGACCCGAUCGCAUGGUUCUUCUGCGGAGACUACCGCCAGACGGUGCCGUACGUCGGCUCGACCACUUCUGACUGCGAAAACAUCUACCGUGAGCAAAUGCAGGUCUCAAUGAUGGAGCGUGCUGCCGCGGCCAACGCCAUCCCCUUCGAGCUUCUGAUGAACCAUCGCGCAUUCGGCGGGCUGCAUCAACUGGCCUCCACCAUGUGGUAUCGCGGCCGCAUGGUCAGCGGAAAUGACGAUCGCAGGGCCAAAGCACUGCCGCACAUCAGGAAGUACUUGGGCCAAUUCAUGAACGGCCAGGAGUGCACUGUUCCCCGCCUGUUGGUCCACAUCAAAAACUGCGGUCCCGAGCGACUCGACGGAACCUCCGCCUGGAACCCGGCGCAUGUCGACUGGGUCAUGGCGCGGGUGCGAGAGCUGCUGAACAACCGCGACUUUAAGCACGCUGAGCGGGAUGAGCCUGGGACGAUCCUCAUCAUUUCGCCGUACAAGAAAGCGUUUCAGGAAUACAAGAACGCCAUCAAAAGACUCCCCCAGUGGGCCCAGCGGCGUGUUGAGACGCGGACGGUCGAUGUCGUCCAGGGUCACGAGGCCGAUUUCGUUUUCCUCGAUUUGGUCAAGGCCAAGUCAACCAAAUUCCUGGACAACCCGAACCGGCUCUGCGUGGCUGUCACCCGCGCCCGACAGGGCGAAAUCAUCAUGAUGCACCCCAACAUGGUGCAGUCGACGACUUUCAUCCGCAAUUCACAGAACCUCCGCCCUAUCUACAAUUUGUGC